GACACAUACAAGAACAAUGAAAUACAAUGAGAUAUCCCACUUCAAUCACCCACAACACAAGCUGAGGUUUGAGUACUCUGAAUUCCCAUUCAAAUGUGAUGGCUGCAAGGAAGUUGGCAUAGGGUCACGUUACAAAUGCUCCAUUUGUGACUAUGAUCUUCACAUGCACUGUGCCAUACCUUCCCCAACUUUGUUCCACCCAUUCUACACAAAAUGUUCCUUCCAAUUCAUGUCUGUUCCACCAGGUGACACUCCUCGUUACUGCAACGCAUGUGAGAAGGACGUGAAUGGUUUUGUCUACCAUUGCAAGUCAUGUGGGUUCGACCUACACCCAUGUUGUGCUAAGCUACCAAUGGUGCUUGAUGAUGGUGAAGUGAAACUCUACUUGUAUAGGAAAGUGAGCUCACCCUGUCACCGUUGUGGUAGAAAAGGACGUAGUUGGAGUUACAGGUCAACAUGCAAGAACUACAAUUUGCAUGUGGCUUGUGUGAGGGAAAUGUUGGUGGAGAAUUGGCAUGAGUUAUAUAUUGGACAUAGCAAAGGAAGGAAAUUGGAGACAAGCAUUCCUGGCCUUAAGAAUACACUGAUGACUUCACAUAACAACAACAGAAGAAACAAAGGGAAGGUGAAAAAGUGCUGUGAGAUUGCUGCAUUGGCUGUGCAGUUUGUGAUAUCAGCAGUCUUGGGAGAUCCAACGGCUAUUAUUGCAGGUAUUGUGGGGUCACUCAUGUCACGGUCUUGAUAGGAAAAAAAUCUACAAUAUUAUGGUAUGUACAACCAACCGAACAAUAGGAGUGUUUCACAUCAACUGUAUGUACAACUGAUCAAUAGGAGUGCUCCACAUCAGUGAGUCGUAUGUACAAUCGAUCAAUAGAAGUGUUCCACAUCAGUUAAUAUGUUUUUUGAAGAAAAA